GCCAGUGAAAGGAACCAGAUGGGACCAUAGGCUCAGAAGAAAAUGUCUUGGUUCGAGAUACCAGGAGGUGAUGCCACCAAACACUACGACUUCUCAAAAUUAAAAGUAGAUGAAGCUUAUUUAAAAAUCACAGCAAAUGACCAGAUCAGACUCUUCAGCUUAUCGGACGAAUGCUAUAAGUGUCCUUUUACCUUUGUGAAUUCAAUAAAUCGUACCAGUUUAGAAAGACUUUCAACAAAAUAUGGGUUAUCAUGGAGGGUUUACAGGGCUGGAGAAAAUAUUUCAGACACAUAUCCUGAUCCAGAAUCAUUAAUCUGUGAAGUACGCCCGAAGAAUUUGGGUGAAUUCGGUGUUUAUCAUUUGAACGUCAAAAAUGAAACAUGUGAUAUUUUUACUAUAUCAGAGCCUGUAAAUAUAUAUAAACCACUUUUGAUAAUACUGGCGGCUCUGUUGUUCUUGUGUCUCAUCUGGAAUCUGAUUAGUUUAAUUAUUUCAAAAUGUAGAACACCAAAGGAAUGGAUGGGUGAUGAUGCCUCUAUACCAGAUCGUAAGAAGAAAGUAAGGAUCAAAGCGAUUGACACAUUUAGGGGAAUAUGUAUUGCUCUGAUGAUAUUUGUAAAUAGUGGGGCCGGUGGCUACACAAUAUUUGAGCAUACCACUUGGAACGGACUUUACAUAGCUGAUACUCUGUUUCCAUGGUUUAUGUGGAUCAUGGGAGUAUGCAUUCCAAUUUCUAUAAAUUCACAAUUAAAGAAGAAGAUUCCUAGAAUUAAGAUAUUCCUCUCUAUUCUAAGGAGAUCAAUUUUAUUGUUUUUAAUUGGCUUAUCGCUGAACACAGUUGUGGCAGGUCCAGACUUAGAACAUAUCAGGAUUUUUGGUGUUCUUCAAAGAUUCGGUGUUGUAUAUUUAGUUGUUGCAUCUCUUGUCACCUUUUUUAUGAUAAACAUAUCUUUAGGGAAAGAUGAACUGUUCCACGUGUUAAAAGAUAUUUUAAACCUGGCUUUUAUUUGGGUUUCCAUGGUAUUCAUAGUAGCGCUUCAUGUAUAUUUGAUGUUCUUCUAUCCAUUUUCUGGUUGUCCAGCUGGUUAUGUUGGUCCUGGAGGUGUUCAGUACAACAGUAAAUUUGAAAAAUGUACUGGAGGUUUUGCAGGAUAUAUUGACAAAAUAAUCUUGUUCGGUGAGGAUCAUCUUUAUCAGAGGCUCGGUAUAAUGGAGGUAUACAAAACAGGGCCAUUUGAUCCUGAAGGACCUUUUGGAUGCUUGAUCUCAGUGUUUCAUGCCUUCCUCGGAGUGCAGGCAGGUGCUAUCGUAAUCAAUUACUCUGAUUGGAAAGCAAGGGCGAAAAGGUGGCUAAUCUGGGGCGUAGUGACAGGCAUUGCAGCAUUGGUCCUUUGUCAGGGUCGGACGGAAGGUGGCUGGAUACCUAUCAACAAAAGUUUAUGGUCCUUGUCAUAUGUGCUUGCGACAACUUCUUUGGGUUUUUUCGUACUGACCAUUAUUUAUGUUAUUGUUGAUGUUAACGGACUGUGGUCUGGAAUUCCUUUCUACUAUCCAGGAAUGAAUGCUAUUCUUCUGUAUGCUGGGCACAGCGUCGCUCAUAAUAUGUUCCCAUGGCAUUGGUCAUAUGGGCCUAUGAAUACUCACCUGAUGCUGACCGUAGAGGCUUUGUGGGGGAUGCUGCUCUGGAUACUCAUAUCUUAUUGGCUUCAUAAGCAGGAGUUUUAUCUUGCUCUGUAAUCAGUAUUAUUUUUAUUUUCCAAGGCAACCUUAUAUAUUUACCAUUUGUUUUUACCAAUCAAAAAUUAAAUUUCUUCUUUAAGUACCAAGAUAUAGUACCUGUUUUUAAUAUUAUUAUUUUAAUGUGUUGUUUUGUUUUAAUUUUAAAAUAUUCAAAUCUGUAAAAAAUAAAUAAAUUUGAUAUCAUCUCUUUU